AUGCAGAUCUCACGCACCGCUCUUCUUGGCCUACUAGGUGCCGCCACGUCGGCUCUGGCUUUGGAGAUCCCUGAAGGCACAGGCACCGAGAUCCUGGCCGACUUGCAGACAGAAGCCAUCAAGAACCUCAAGAAGCAGGAAAGUUGUGGCUCCCGCAAGCACAACUCCACCUGUACGUUGGAGAAUGACACAGUUAGGCGUGACUGGCGAGCACUGUCCGCCAGUGAGAAGACGGAUUACAUCGAUGCAGUCCUCUGUCUCAUGGACAAGCCUUCCAAGGCUGAUCCUUCAUUUGCUCCUGGUUCACGGAGUCGAUAUGAUGACUUCGUUGCAGUUCACAUCAACCAAACCCUGACCAUUCACGGAACAGGUAACUUCUUGACUUGGCAUCGUUAUUACGUCUGGGCGUACGAAUAUGCUCUUCAGAACGAGUGCGGGUACAAUGGCACCCAGCCCUACUGGAACUGGUUUGAUGGGUCCGACUUCAGCAACCAUCCCAUCUUUGAUGGAAGUGAUACCAGCAUGAGCGGUGACGGCGAAUACGCCGCUCAUAAUGGCAGCCUCGGAGGAAGUAAUAACAUCUAUCUGCCUUCGGGAGAUGGUGGCGGUUGCGUUAGAAGCGGACCAUUUAAAGACAUGGUCGUCACCCUAGGUCCCGUUUCUCCUGGAAUGGAUGGCAUGAAAGCCCAGAACGGCAGUGGUCUUGAUUACAAUCCUCGCUGUUUAAGCCGAGAUCUCACCAAGCAUGCGGUUGAUACGUGGAUGACAGCCGAGAACCUCUGGAAUCUCACACAGGGCGACGCUUCCGGCAGUAUCUCUCUCUUCCAGGACGAGUUCCAAGGUCGUUUUGGUGACGAGUUCCUCGGCAUCCAUGCUGCCGGCCACUUCACCAUGGGCGGCGACUCUGCUGACCUUUUUGCAUCUCCCACUGACCCCAUUUUUUGGCUGCACCACUCUAUGACAGAUCGCCUAUACUGGCUCUGGCAGGCCCUUCAUCUCAAACAAGCCAAGACCAUCGCCGGGACAAUCACCAUUCUCAACCUCCCACCCAGUAGAGACGCACUGGUCAGUGACCCGCUGAACUUGGGUGUCAACGCUCCUGAGAUUACAAUCGACGAUGCCUUGGACACCGUCGGAAACUCGCCAUUCUGCUAUGUUUAUGAGUAA